UCGGCAUCGGCAAUCACCGAACUCAUUUCGUUGCUCAUCUCACCUCCGCACUCAUUGCCCAAGCUGUCGCCCCGCGCCCCCGCCCGCCUCUCCGCGCUCGGCGCUCACCUGGCCUCCCCCUCCAAGAUGCUCGACACGAUCGCCGUCGUCUUCGAGGUCUCGCCACAGUCGCUGGCGCUGAUCAAGACCCACUUUUCCACCGUCCACUACUACCCAAAGGGCAAGAUCCCCGCCGAGCUCGUAGGCGAUGUCGAGGUCUGGUUCUGUAACUGGCUCGGCAUCCCGCGCUGGAUCAGCCCCGAGAUGCUCACCCGCGCCCAAGUCGUGCAACUUACCAGCGCCGGCGCGAACCACGCCUUCGAGUGUCCCGCCCUCAAAGACCGCGACGUGCAGCGCCGCGUCAAAGUCUGCACUGCGUCGGGCGUGCACGUCCUCUCCAUCCCGGCAUACAUCAUCGGGCAGAUAAUCGGGUUCUACCAGAACAUACACACAUCGAUCACCGUCACGCGGACACAUGGGCGCUGGCCACGGCGCGACGAGCUCGCGCUCAACCGCGACACGGGCGCCGACCUGCGCAAGUUCGGCACGCUCGGGCUCAUCAACCUCCGCGGCAAGGUUGUCGGCAUGCUCGGAUACGGGCAUAUUGCACGCGAGACUGCAAGGCUGCUCGCUGCGUUUGGGUGCGAGAUUGUCGCGGCGAACACCGCCGGCGAAAAGUCGCGCUGCGGGGGGUACAUUAUCGAGGGGACCGGGGAUGUGGAGGGCGAUAUCCCUACGGCGUGGUACUCUACGCGCGACGUCGCUUCGUUUGACAAGUUCCUGUCGCGCUCGGACAUCCUCGUUGCCUCCCUGCCGUCGACGCCGCAGACGCGUGGGAUGCUCACGCGCGAGCACUUGGCAAAGCUGCCCCCGAAAGCGCUCUUCAUCAACGUCGGGCGCGGCGACCUCGUGGCGUCCGAGGCCAUCCUCGCAGCCCUCAACGAGGGCACGCUCCUCGGCGCCGGCCUCGACGUCACGGACCCCGAGCCGCUGCCAGACGGGCACCCGCUCCUCACUCACCCUCGCGUGGUGAUCACGCCGCACACCAGCGCCGACUUUGAGGGAUACUUUGACGCAGGGGCAGAGUUGCUCGUCGAGAACAUCGAGAACAUGCGGCGCGGCGGGGAGCCGUACAACGUCGUCGACCCCGAGAAGGGGUACUAGACAAUAGAAGAGCCUCGAUUAGUACACAAAUACAGCAAUGGAAUACAUGCAGGCAGCGCCUGCUCU